AUGACGCUUACUUCCGAUUUCAUCAGGGGCAAACCUCUUCCGGACGCCCCUGCAGAGGAUGCCCCGCCGCCGUACGAAGAACGGCCAUCCCGAAGUCCGGCGCCCAGCAGCCAACCAGCAAGCCAACCGCCGAGAAGUCCCACCCCGUCAGGGUCGCAACUCGCCCGGCAGUUUCCUCCCAUGUUCAAUGUCUACUCGCAGAGUUUCAGUCGAACCUUUCUUCUCGGCGAACAUCAGAACGAACCCUUUUACGCCAUGUCAAUUCACAGCGGGUUGAGCAGUUCCCCGCCGAUCGUGCUGCAUUCGGGGCCCGCUGACACAUACCCUCCUCUUGCAUCCGUCGAGUACCACAGCUUCAGCAGCAGAAUGAGUGUCACACUGCCGCCAGCACCGAAAGGCAGUCCGGGCGGUGCUCCGAUUCUCGAUUUAGAAUCGCGGUCCGACUUUCCAAGUUACAGCUACGUCUUCUCCAUGGGCGUCGGCCCCAACUGCGAGAGGUUGGAGCAGUUUGAGUGGCGAGCUAGUUCAGGCGAAGCAAUUGCCAUCCUGGACGGCAGAAGCAGAGGCCAUAAGCUCAUCAGGUUAUCCAAAACCAUCCCGCCGAACGCACCACCUGGUGUGUUCAGAGGAGGCGACGGGAAAGAAGUCGUUGCAGCUUGGACGGACGCUCACACGAGCAUGACCAAGGCAGCCAAGUUUGCAUUUCUGGGCAGCGGGUUGACGGGAGAAUUGGGCGAGCGGUGGGCGAUCAUGGCCGCCAUGUCUGGCCUGGCUAUUUUUGAACGCGAGAGACAGCGCAAAAGACGCAGGAAUGCAUAA